AUGGACUCCACCUCGGUUCCUUUGGCUCACUACUUCUGGAUUGCUGGUGUAGAGUCAAUAUCCUACGACGAUGCUUCUCAGCCAGCCUUGGCUGUUGAUGACACCAUUGCCGAGGAUGGUGAGCCUGAUAACCGCGUAAUUGUCAACGGCCAGCAUCGCGCCAAUGCCGCCCGUCACUCGCGCCAAAACUCGGCCAACCGCCUCUCAAAACUCUCCUUCGACGCCCAUUCAACAGCUAGCACACCCGAAGACAUCGACACUCGCAGUAAUCGCAGCAGUGCAACCAUUCGCCCAAGCAGUAAACUGCCUCCUCCAAAUGCCUCCGAUGCCGCUACAACGCCCGACGAGGAGCCAACCCCCGCUCUUCGUAUGGGUGACGUCGACUUUGACAGAGCCUUGCUCAAAUUUGCUGCUGAGCGGGAAAAUUUUCUCGAGGACUUGUCAUUCACCGCUGGUGCUAGAGUUCAGGCCAGAGCUCCCAUGGUUAACCCUCGAGCGGAGCGCAUCAAGGCUGACGAGGUCCCUAGCGGCCGACUGAGUCCGCUACGCAGCCUCAAAGGCAGCAUUCGCCGAAAAAUCAGCUUCAGAGAAAUGAGCAGCACAAAGCGGCAGGGCAACAUCAACCGGAGCAGCAACAUCAAUGGAGCUGCUUCUGUUCGUACCGCCAAGCGCCUCAGCAAUUACAAUUCGGUCAUCCCCCCACCCGAGCCGCUCAAUACCGAUCCCGAUAUGCACCCGCUCAAGCGUCGAUUCGAACCUGUCCUGUUGGACCGAUAUCCCCCCAAAAGUGCCACCGAAGAGGUUCCACGACGAGGCCGAUUUCCCGACUAUGUACCCAUGUUCGCCUUCCCCAAUGAUAUCCAAAUUGUUUCCUCGGACGAACGCCCGCGCUCCACAUGGCACGGGUUUACAAUGACCUCUGAGGAUAGCAGUAAACUCUACGGCAUCUCCAUCAUCAUCUGGACAGCACUCUCUGCUGACGUGGCUGAUGAGGUAGAAAUCAAAUGCGAGCAGUGGCGCCAGAGCCACAUGUCAAACGAAGAACGUGAGCUCGCCGCGAGCUUGGGUAUCAGGCUGGCUGGUGAGCGCACCCAUCUUUCACAACUUCUUGCAAAGCUGCCUACGAUACCCUCUGGGUCAUCCGCUCGUGACAGGCUCGAAGACGAAAUCAGUACUGUCGAGGAAAAGAUUGCGCUUAUGACGGACAUGCUGCGUCCCCUUCGCCACGGCGCCGCGUCCAAGAUUGAAGGAUUAACGGCCGGUGAGAGCGGAUUGUGGAUUCCUCGUGCCUAUGGUGUUUUAGGUAAAGACGCCGCCAACAUGUCUUUCUGGAAGGAAUGGCUCAAGGCCAUCGUCGUUCCAAUGACUGACGGCGCUGUCCUGCGGAUACCACCGAGCUCACCCAGGGUCGGCCGCUGGCAGCCUCUCGAGCGCUAUAUCGUCAACAUGUGUACCGAGGCGUUCAGUCCUCUGGGGUCCAAAACGCAGGUCGAGCUGGGAAUCCGAGAACUGAAGCUUUAUGCUCGUAAAGAGGCCGCCAACGAGAUCCCUGGAUCUCGAACCAUUGAUUUGUACGCUCUGUUCCGGUGCCUGUCGUUGGAGAAUAUCGUCGCGCUCUACGAAUACGCCAUGUCGGAAUCUCGCAUAAUCUUUCUUUCCUCGCACACCAGCAUGCUGCAUUUAGCUUGCCACGCAUUGGCCAACCUGCUCUACCCUCUGAAGUGGGCCAGCAUUUUCAUUCCCAUCCUUCCCGCCAGACUUAUUUCGGCUCUCGAGGCACCUUGCCCAUAUAUUGUUGGUGUCGAGCGACGAUACGACCGCAUUGAUCUGCCUGAUGACGACUACGUUCUCGUUGACCUUGACAAGGAUACCAUUGACGCUACAGCGCAACCUCACCGACUGCCUCGCCAACAAAGACGAAAGCUCAUGUCGCUUCUUCAGGUGGCCGCCCCUCACCGCAUUCGCUAUGGCGUUGUUGAAGGCCCGCCUCCAUAUGCCGUCGAGUCAUUCCCCUACGAUGCCUUCUCGACUGAGAACGGAUCCAUCUUCAACUCGAGAGCCAGCGAGAGCACGCUAGGAAAGUGGGUGUCGCAGAACUCCUCAAGCUUUGGCGAGCCUCUGCCUGCCUCUGCCCUUCAGCCUCCUGUGUUCAAUGCCUUCGCAGAGGCUGUCACUGACAGUGGCAAAUCAGAUCGUCCCGCCACAAGCAAGUCGAGCCGGACGAGCCCCAAGUCUUCAGUGUCGCCCGAAUCUAGUCAUUUCCCUCCUAUCCCUACAACCCCAACAACACCCAUCUCUAGCAGCGAUUCUGGGUUCGCGCUGACGGCAACCCUGCGGGAGAAACGCUCUGGCCAUUUCGGCGAAGAAAAGACGCGACGCAGUUCUUCGUUUGGCAUGGAUAAGUUCCAGCCAAUGCAUCGACCUAGCCAUCCCUUGCUCAAUGGCCAUCAGCAAAACUUUAGCAUCUCGGGAAUAUCCAUCGAUUCGCAAGCCACUGGGUACGGAGGCAGCGGUGGCGGUUAUGCACCAUCAACGUAUGCACAGUCCACUUUGGCGGCCUCUACCAUUAUGCCCAGCAUGCAAAUUCAGCCUGUUCGCAAUACCGAGACGACAGUAUGGGUAGAGGGUCACUGCUUUAACCUCGAACGUCAAGAUGCCAGUUCGACGUGCACAAUUUGCGCGGAGAAGGCAGACGCCGAGGGUAUGUACCACUGCUCCGCAUGCAAGACCAUUUCGCAUGGCCGUUGCCUGGGCGUCGCUUCGCUGGUCUGCCCCCAAGCAUUCCAUCCGGACCGUGUUCGUGCCGCCUUUGUCCGCUGCCAAGCUAGUUUGCUCUAUACGUAUCGCAAGCAACUGGGCCGCCCGUCGAAACAACAACGCUCCAACGGACAGAUUUAUGCGUUUGACAUGGACGGGUUUAUUAAGAGCCUCCCCCAUGACCAGCAAGACUAUGCCGUUAUGAUGCGCGACACGCAGCUAUUUAAUGAGUUUAUCCACGAACGGGAACUGAUAGCACCGACCGAGCCCUCGAUUCGACUGUUUGACGAAGUCAUCAUGGCCAAGAAGGCGCGUGGCCGUCCCGGUCUUUCGGCUGGCCUGUCGACGCUCUCGCGCCUCUCUUCCAUUCGCGUAUCCCACGGGGCGUCUGCGAACGCCUUUGGCCUCGCGCCGCCGCGUGGUAGCAGUAAACCAGCGAGCUACCUUAACGACACAUACGACCACAUCUGGCGGACAGCGGCCGUGCCGGUGCCCAAGGGCAACUUUACCGGCGAGUACCGCUCUGUGGUCACGCGCGUGCCCGCUCGCCUGGACCGCGGUUUGAUGCGAGAGCCGCGUGCGAUUCAGGGUGUCCCGCGCGCGGAACAGCGCGGCUCGCGGGGUCUCGUGCGAAAGCAAGUCGCGAGCAUGCUGGGCACAACGCCGCCACCUUGA